CCUCACAUCAUCCUCUUACCACCUCUCCCACAUCUGGUCCUUUCAAAUCCAUGACCUUUUGCUCGAGUGUAUUGACUCAAGCAGCAUGACAUAAUUUUGAGUACCGUCUAUUCUCUACAAGCACCAUUCCGACACAAUUGGAUUGUCGCUUCGCCCUAAGCAUCUCCUCACCCAAUCCGUCUCCAAAGUAAACAAUGAACUUUGCUCCCUAUCAAGAUGGUUCUCCCGAGAUAGAGCGCGCCUUUUCUCCUCCUCCGGGACCAAAAAGAACCUCCAUUGACUCCCCUCGCGUACGAUCCCCUCCUCCUGGCCGAGCGUCGCAACCUACCAGCAGAACAACAUCCGACUUUCAACCUCUCCCGCCCCCAAGUGCUUUCGCCAACAAUGUCUGGUCAUCAGCAGAAGAACGCGGUCAGAGCCUCGAAGCCUUUGAGACCAGCCUCCCUCUCCGGCUUGAUCAAGAAGCCAUGCUCGCAUAUCUACUCUUGCCACCCGCAGGUGGUGUCCUCCUGUUGAUCUUCGAGCACAAGAGUGACUAUGUUCGAUUUCAUGCUUGGCAAUCUAGCAUGUUGUUCUCCGCCAUAUUCGUCUUGCAUUUAAUCCUAUCUUGGUCCCGCAUCCUCUCAUGGACCCUUUUUGCCCUCGAUCUGCUCCUCAUCGCCUUUCUGGCCCUGCACGCAUACCGAGACGUCGAAACCCUGGAACAUUACGAAGUCCCCAUAUUUGGACGUUUGGCAAACUCUUUUGUCGAUGCGGAAUGAAGCAUGGUUCGGCCAGUCCCGUACUGUGUCAUCUCCAUCAUCAAACACUGGUCUCGGACCCUCGCUGUGGCUUUGUCAUUUCCUGAAGAUCAGAUUCAUGACCUGAUUUGUUUCCCACCGCUCACCAAGCCGAAACCAAAUUCUUUCUCCAGGUGUCCGAAACAUGCGGCCACAUACCACAUUCAAUGAACCCCUAGGCCAGCACCGCCAUUCAGUGCUCUUCACGAUAUAAUAUUUUCGAUCAGACCAUACUACAUAUUUCGAGACCCUAAACUGGAUCGCCCCGUUGCAGAAAAUGGGC